UCGUGGGUCAGUGAAGAGGGAGGACGCGCGCCGCCUUGCUCGUGGAUUACUUAGUGGUGGAGGCGAGAGCCGCGGCCACAUGGUGAACCUCCACGGCAGCCUGCGGCAGGAUCCCCGCGGGGGCAUCCGUGAGGUGGUGGAGGUAGGGGGCACGCUGGUGCGGGGCGGCAGUGACCCUGGGCUGGUGCGUGCUGGGGAGGUGGCGGUGCGGCCCGUACGGCGCUCAGCUUGUUCCCUACCCGCUUCCCUGGCGGGCGAGGCGCGGGGCACGCCGGCCAGGGAGGCGAGGCCCCGCAGCGGCGUGCCCGCGCGCCGAAUGUUGCGCGUGACCCGGGACUACCUGGAUCCAAGGCGGCGGGCGCGGGUGAGGCACACUGUGGUGGGACGGGAGCCUGUGCGGGACAGGGGCCGCGCGGCGGGGCACAGCAAUGGGGCGGCGCUCAGUGCCUCGCUGGCCGCUGCCACGUACGCUGCUUCGCCCGCACGCCGGCAUCCCGAGCCCCAGGCCGCCACGCAGCCCUCCGCCGCCCACGCUUCCACCGCCCACACCUCCGUCUCCCCCACCGCCUCUACCUCCGUGGCGCAGGAGGCGGCACGGCCCCGCAGGUACCGGCGCGGCGUAGCGGGCUUGGCCUCCGUGCUGAGGGGAGAGGACCGCCGCGCGCCACUGCGCCCCACGCGCCGCCGCCCGGAGCGCGACGCCAAGAGCCGCAAGUACGUGGCGGGCAGCGCGAGGGGCAGACACCUGCCACCCCAUCCCCUGUGGCGCCCCACGGGGCCGCCCCAUGACCCCGUGAAGCCCCGCGGUGGAUCGUGCUGCUGCUGCCCCACCGCCAUGAGGACCACGCCCUGCUCUGCCCUGGUGCUGCUGCCAUUGCACCUGCUGCUGCUACUCACGCUGGUGGCCUGCCUCAUGAUGGGCGCCUUUGUCUUCCAGGCCCUGGAGGGACCCGGGGGAGGCGGUGAAGGUGCCGUGGAGGUGACCCACAGUGCCAUUGUCCUCCCUGGCACUCCGCGGGACACUGUGAUGACCAAGACUAGGGAGGAGGUGGUGGAUCGCCUGCUGAACACCUCCCUCACGCUGGUCUUGCAUAGAAGUCUGGAUGUCAUCAUUAAAUUUGUCAUCACCACACCCAAAAUGCAGGCUGCCUUGAGGGCCUUCCAGCAGGCUGGGGGGGGACCACUACCCACGGAGAAGGAUAUGGAGAGAUUCAACCGUACUCUUAUGACGGAGUGGCGCCACCAAUUGUAUGAUCUCACCGCUCGCUACCACGCCCUUGUCCUGCGCCACGCCCACGGCUUCCCGGUCGGCCCCGUGGAGCGCAGCGCAGUGUGGACAAGAGAGGAACCGCCCCCACCCUUCCCCUGGUCACUCCCCACCGCCCUCGUCUACUCCUUCUGCCUCGUCACCACCACGGGCGGCCUCCAUGCUGCUACGGACGCCGGGCGGACUGCGGGCGUAUUUUACAGUGUGGUGGGCCUUCUCGUGUACCUGGGCGUGGUGGUGGUGUGGGCGGCAAGGCUCGGGGCGUCCCUGUCUCUCGUGUUGAGUUUGUGUACCAGGAGGAGAAAGCAGGAGAGUUCCCCCGGCAGGAAGGGCAAGGGGGGCACCUCUCCCUACCACAAGAUGCACACCCCCCACCCAUCGCAGCCCACGCCACCCAUAGGCCCCUCCACCUCCUCCAGUAACGAGCACACAGCCGGCAGAGUGUGUCUUCUCCUUCUGCUACUGUUUGUGUACAUUCUGGGCGUGGGGGCGCAGGUUUUGGGCGGCGAGACCUUCUGGGUGGGGCUAGAAAAUGCUAUCUUCGCCCUGCUCACAGUACGCCCACCACGCCCUCUGCCGCAGAGUGUGGCCAGAGUGAUUGGUUACCUUGUCUUCACACUCUGUGGUCACCUACUCCUCGCCCUCUUCGUCUACAGCCUUAAGGAGCUGUGUGUGAAAUGGUGGAGGUUAUGGGGAAGAACAAGCUGAUUACAGGUAUAGCCCCCCUCACCCCCACCACA